AAAAGAAAUCGAUGUUCUUCACGAAGUGUACAUUGGAAAAGUUUAGUUCUUUCACCUUACUUGGACGCCAAACUCAAACGUAAGUCACAUUGAUUUACUCAGUGAUAUUAUAAACCUAUUGACCAAUAAGAAGAAUUUCGAGAAUGUCUAAUUCGCCUCUACAAAAUGCAGGAUUCGAGACAUUCUCAAACAUCGCAGCGUUCGAAGAUCCUGACUUCGAAGACGACUUUUUUGGCGGAAUUCCGAGUUUCACUCAAGAUAUUUGGACCAACUCAAAGUGCAAAGGGAUGGAAAACGAUGACGAUCUUCCCCUCACGAAGUAUCUUUUGCAGUUCAACGAUGAUGAAGGAUGGAAUUCUGAGGAAGAACAAAGUAUGGAAGGAGAUAGUUUUGAAUGCGAACGUGGAGGCUUCGGAUGGGAUAUUGAUCCUAUUGACUUAGAUGCUAACGCAUUUGAGGAUUCAGGGCUCACUCAGGAUACACCAGAUAAACCUAAGCAGGGAAAAGAAAAGGUGGUGGUAAAGGAAAGGAACUCUGUCGGGAAGUCGACCAAGAUGAAGAAAUCUGAUCAUAAAGAAGGAAAAUGUAACUAUGACCUCGACGAGAACGAGAGUUUAAAGAAAAGGAAUCCAGGUAAAAACACUGUAAAAUUUCAUUCUGUUCAGAGCAAAGAAAUAUCAACCAAGGCCGUGGCACAAUGUAAAGAAGUUUUCAAGAAAAGCACCAAUUUGACAGCGGAGAAAGAAAAACCCCUGAGCACCUCUAAAACUCAGGCUGAGAAAGCAAAACAACAGCGGGAAAGGAAGAAAAAGUACAUCCAGGAACUGGAGGAUACCAUAGAAACUCUUAAAAGAGACAAGGCAAUGCUAAAGCAGGCCAGCACUCAGCUUCAUGAUAAAAUAGAGGAUCUCCAGGAUGAAAUCCGUUACUUAAAAGGCGUGAUACAAAACCAAAGUGAAUUGGCAACAAUUUUGAGGAGCGUUGCCAACACUCCUGGUAUUUCAAUCAGCUGUGGUGUCUUGCAGGACAGUGAAGGUAGUGAUGGUAAGGCAAACAAAAGAAAAUAUAAUGAUCAUGCGGAAGAUUCUGGUGAGAAAGAUUGCAAUAUGUAUCACAAAAGGAACAAGAGAAAAAUAGAAGAAAGCUCAGGUGACAAAAUCAGUUCAACUGAUGCAGGGGUUUGUGUUCAUGUCCAAAGUGGUAAAGUAUCACUUGAGUUCUGUGCAGAAUGCAGCAAGAAAGCCAAUGGUGCAAUAAACUGAGGUGAAACAGGUCAAAGGAAUUCAAUGCAUAUAGCAUACAUGAAAUUGUAGACACUGACACAGUUUUUACUUGAAAAUUGGUAGAUGAGUUGAAUUUAAAGAAGUCUGGACCCACUCUAAUUUUAACCCAUUAGGCUAUCAUGAGGUCAUUUGUUAGAGCAUGGUGAGGCAUCAAUGAUACUAGCACAGGGGUUGUGCGAGUAAAUUAUAAAUCAAAGAAAAGUUGCCUAAACUAGAGGCAUUCAAUGUAUCAGGUAAAACCGUCUUCUCACAAUAACACUACAUAUAUCCUUUAUAAAUAAGAACUGUCCACUUUGAUUCUGUCAGAUAUGAGCACUAACAAUAAGAGAAAUCUCCUUCAGUUUCAUUUCUUUGCAGGUUUCAACAUUCUCUCCAGGACUUUGAUGUUGAUAAUACUAGGUUAGUAUUGUGAUACUGAUGUUUGAACUAAAACCCAUAGAGUAUCUUAAGAUACCUAAGCUUUCAAUUUUUACCAACAAAUUUAUGCGAAUGACUCAAAACAAAAGAGUGUCAUGGUAGGCAAUUUUCAUAAGCAAUAUAAAUUAAUUUUUCAUAUUUCAGUUUUGAGAAUGGAAAAUUUAUUUUUCCUUGUUAUCACAGACUACCUAGUUUUCUUAAAUUAAUGUUCAAGUUUUUUUUGUUUUACAAAUUACUACGUUGUUUCUCAUUUUUUGAAAAACACAACAUCUUCACUUGGGGUUCUCAACAUACCAUUUAUAUCUUCACAUGAGAUUAUAACAAUGUCAUCAUGGUAACUGGGUGAAGUACAAUAGCUGCUACACUUCUCUUGAAGGGAUUUUUUUAAUCAGCAUUGCCAUGGGUUGAAAUCAACCUUAUCUUUGGCGAGAAAUGAAGUAAUUUUACAAGAGAAGUUGUUUUAUGACAGAAAUUGAAGUAGCUUUUUGUUGAAAAUGUAUGGUUAGAUAUGUACAUAUGAUUUGUAUUGGUGUAAUAAACAGAACAUUUCAUUUCUGCUUGUGGAAGAAAUGGUGCGGCUUAUAUGGCCAAUAAUCAAUACCCAAAAUUAAACUUCGCAGCCACAAGCAGUCAUGUAAUAUUUUAUAUAUCUUAAAUCUAACUUUUUCUUAAAAAUUUUUUGAUUAGUGCUGGAUGAAUGCACUGUAGAGGAUACUUGCCACUCCUUGCACCCACUGGAGUCAAGUGUCUUUGUUUGGGGUGUGAGUUAAGUGUAAGUAAAGUCCCUCAAGGUUUAGUAAGUAUUUUCAUUUGAGGGACACAGGUAAAAGUUGUAUUAGUUUCAAAAUAUUACUGUUAAGUAUUUCUCGUUUCUUGUUGUAUUUGUGUACAUGGAGUUCUGUAUGUUCUGAAUUAGGUACAUGUGGGAAUGUAAACAGGUUUGAAUAGCAAGUUUUAAAGGUGACUUGCAUUGUCCUGUCAAUCAGGUGUUUACUAUGGUUGAAGCAAACAGCAAAACCCUGCACAACAGGUAGAACUCACUAAAUCUCUGUUUGCAUUAUAUAAAUGACUUUCGUUUUUGUAGCAUUACCACAGGGGUUUAAAAAAGGAGGGAAUAUCACCAAGAGGGUGAUAAAAGGGUUUGAUCUGGCAGUAAAAUUUUGGGAUUCAUUUUGAAAAAGUUGAAUCUAC